AUGGAGAAGCAGGCGGCUUUACUGCUUGCUCUCUGUGCCAUGUUUCUUUGGGGUUCUUGGGCCAACACCCUGCUGUUGUUCGGGACGCGUUUCGAACUCUACUUGUUCAACUAUAUCCUGGGCCAUUUUUUGGCCGGUUUCCUGACCUUUCACGAUGCGCUGCCAUCGCUGAAUGACACGGUGUCUGCCGGAGGCUUCGCGAUGAUUUUGCUCAGCGCUUUGGCGGGGGCACUCUUUGCCCUGGGAUCCCUGUUGGCUGUGGCUUCCUUGGAUCUGGCAGGCAUGGCGUUGCCGACGCUCAUCUUGCUCAGCAUAGAGAUGGCUAUAGGGAUGCCCAUGCUGUUGCUGCUGGAAGGAUGGGGUACAUCCAUGCAGUUGGCGUACAGCUUCCUUGGCAUUUGCUUGGUGCUGCUGGCUGCUUUCUUGGACGCCUGGUGUCACGGGUCCCUGCAGCGCGACCGAAACAGCAACGGAAGCGAGGGGGGUCCGGGGCACUGCUUUGGUUUAUCCAGCCAAUUCAGCAGUUUGAGUUUCUGGUCCUUCCGUGCCACCUCCACCCUGGUACCCAAUGCCACAGCCUCCUCCCUGGCACGCAGCCUGGAAGCGCCGCAAGAUGCGGCGCGGCUCACCUUUCUGACGCACGGUUCGGGGGCGUUGCCGAGCUCCAUGAGUUCCCAGCAGGUGCUGACCGGAAGAAGCGGUCCCCUGCCAGCACGCAGAGUCAAAAAAGCCAACCUGGGCCUGAUUUUUGCGGCCUGCGGAGGUUUCUGCUUUUCCACCUGGCCUUGUUUGGGAUCUUUGGUCGAGGGCCAAACCCAGUGGACCACGUGGGACUCGGGGCCGAAACUCAACGCCUCGGCCUUCUUCUUCGUCUACGCCCUGGGGGCGGUGAUCGCGGUGUUGCUGCUGCUUCCACCGCUCUGUCGCUGGCCGUUGCAUACCGGUGUGAACUUGAACUUUUGGAGGAGCUAUUCAGAACUGACGCCCUGGCAACACUUCUUGGGCCUCUCGGGAGGUUUCGCCCACGGCUUGGGCUGUUUGCUCUCCAUCCAGGCAGGUCGAGUGCUGGGGAACGCCAUUGCGAUGUCCAUCACGCGGUGUCAGCCGCUGGUUUGCGCCACCUGGGGGGUGCUGGUCUGGGGUGAACUGCAUGGGGCCAGAUGGAAGACCAAAGUGAUCUUCGGAGCCAUGCUGCUGAUGUUUGUCUUGGCACUGAUUCUGUUCCUUCUCGCUGGUAGUUGAAAUACUGUGGAUUUCUUCCACCCACCGUAUGUUGAAAUGAGUCAUAAAAGAACUUCUUGAGAGUGAGGUACGGGAGGUACGGUGCAAAGAUUGCCGGCCUUUGAAUGAUUUGAAUGUCAGCUGGGAGACUGCUGAAGCGCUUGAUCUGUCCAACACGGACACAUUUCUGCCGCAAAGCCGGAGGAUGCGUGCUGCACCAGAUUUUCAAACA